GUCAACACGAGAUAGUGGUAUCGAUGCAUAAUUUAAUAAUUGCCAUUUAAAAUCACAGCCAUUGGUGCUUACAGUCAGUGCCCUUUGUUAUUUUGGUUGAUACAAGUCGCCUUCUGCACCAGUGUGUGUAAAGGCCUGGCUUUCGCGAGUACUCUGGAUUUUUUUUCAAAAUCUACUCUUACCUCGUUGUAUCUGUGAUUAUUUAGAAAUAAAUAUGACGACUUUCGUGCUUGCUGUCGCUUCUUUCCUGGCGGUGUGCGCCCCAGCAUUGGCUACACAAUGCAGCGAGGAUCCGGUGAGCAUCCCGAAGGAAUGGGUCACGAUGCAGAAAAACUGCACCGACUCUAUGCGUCAGCAGAUCCAGAUGGAGGUGGCUGCGUCGGUGCAGUACCUCGCUAUGGGCGCUCACUUCUCUCAGGACACUGUCAACCGGCCAGGUUUCGCCAAACUAUUCUUCGACGCCGGCUCAGAAGAGCGCGAGCACGCCUUGAAGCUCAUUGAGUACAUGCUCAUGCGAGGAGAACUCACCUCUGACGUCACUUCACUCAUCACCGUCAGGCAUCCCGAACGCAACCACUGGGCCAACGGCGUGGAGGCUUUGGAACACGCCUUGAAGAUGGAGCAUACCGUCACCGACAGCAUCCGAAAAGUCAUCCACGCUUGCGAGAGCGACAGCGAGUUCAACGAUUACCACCUAGUUGACUACUUGACCGCUGAUUUCUUGGAGGAACAAUACAAGGGCCAGCGUGACCUCGCUGGAAAAGCAUCUACCCUGAAGAAGAUGCUGGAACGCCACCCAUCGCUCGGCGAGUUCAUCUUCGACAAGAAACUCCUUGGCAUGGACAUUUAAAACGCCUGUGUUAGUAAUAAAAAAAACAAAUUUCAUUAGGAAAUUCCCGCGUUUUCCAUUUGAAAUACAUCAGAAACUAUGUUGUACCUACUAAAGUAGUAUAAAUUAAAUAUUAUUAAACUCCACUAUAAGGUUCAGUUGAAACAGUGUUGUUCCUGACAAAUUUAGGGUUGCCGUAUUCUAAUUCCAAAAUUGCCGUAUUUUUAAGGAAAACUAAAAAAAAUUGCCGUAUUGUACAAAAUGUUUAGUUGGAAGGUUUAAAUUAAAAAAAAUACAAGUGAUGUAUUAUGUACUAUGCGUGUACUACUUUUAAACUUACUUAUUUUAUUCGUCACUUAAAGGUUUUGAAUAGUUUAGUCCUAGAACCUACCCGAAUAAAAGUGAAGAAUCUACCAAAAUGAGGAACUAACGAUUUUAGACAUUAACAUCUCGGAGAUAAGGUUGCAUUUGGUUAAAUUCUGUUGACGUUUCUUUUAUAUGGUUCACAAGUUGGUGUGUUCCAUUAAAUGAAAUAUAUUUUUGAUUACUAAAACUCAUGAAAAACUCAUAAAACUCAACCUUAAUCAAUUGCCGUAUAUUUUGAUACGGUAAUGGAAGAGCUGCCGUAUACCGUAUUUAUGGUGCCUAGGAUGCCUAAAUGCCGUAUAUUACGGCAAUUGCCGUAUCAAGAACAACACUGAGUUGAAAGUCUAUUAGUUUCAAAAUACUAGCCAAACCUUGUAAUUUCCAACAUUACAUUUUUAUACUUUGUGUUAAAAAAUGGUUAUUAUUAUUUAUUAAAAAUAAAGUUUAACCAUCCAAUGAAA